AUGUCUGCCGUUCGCAGCGCCCGGGCUGCCAAUGUGCAGGCCCGUGGGUUUUCGACCACCUCGACCAACCUUCGAGCCGGACCGGAAUCACCUCACUUUAUCGAAAUUCCCCGUAUCAUUCAGCCGAGCAAUCCUAUUAAGCCUAAGGUGAAGGGUACUCUUCCCGUGCCUCGCGAGAUUUUCCCAGCUCGUCGCACCGAUAAGCCGUCGCCGCAAUACCUCGAAGCCGUGUCACCUGCGCGCACAACGAAGCCGAGCCGCUCAGCGGACAAGUUGGAACGUGGACAGCAGCUUUUCAAUCAGAGAAUGGCCGAUCGCCGGAGAAGCCAUCUCCGGGAGAGUCUGAGUGUUCUGCACCAACGGAAGCGCGCUGCAGAGAACACCGUCUUCAACCGAAGCAAGGCCAGCCAGGAACGCCGCCAGCGUAUCCUCGAUCAACCAGAGCCCGAAGAUGAGCGUCUGACACGGCCGUCCGUUGUCGCCGCCAUGCUUGCCCCGAACGAUACAUUCUUGCGAGACGCGAACCGUGACCAACGAUUGGCUUUCUCUAAGGCUCGGCUCGAGGCCAAGCAGGCAGAGAAGCAAGCGCAACAACAGGAUGAUAUCCACUCGCUUUACAUGAAUGCGCGCACUUUCAUCACGACGGAGGAGCAGCUGUCUGCGGAGAUCGACCGGGUUUUCCCCGACGGCUUGAACGAUGCCUGGCGCAACGACCACCAGCCAGGCGAGAACGUCUGGAACCUUGGAACUCCCCAGACCGUGCAGUCCAUUGUCAACGAGACCCGCAAGAGCGAGACUGCUCGCUGGGACGUCACCCAAGACCGAGUCAAGCAGCUUGGUGAGCAGAUCACUGGUGGUAAGCUGUAA